AGAGGAGAGUCAGGGAGGGAGGGAAGCUGGUGAAGCCGCGGAUAUUCACGGAGACGCCAAGUGUUUUUUUCUCUCGCUGUGGUGACACACUGCUGGUCUGCAGAGAGACAGAGGGAACGGGAAGACAGAGGGGGAAGCAGACAAGUGAAAGCAAGACGAGGCCCAGCCCAUCUUGCCAUUGAUCUUGAGGCGAUCAAGGAACCUACACCGAUGAGGAAACACUGAGACCGAUUCAAGGAUGGAUCCUGGCAAAUCUAACCUGGAGUUUUGACAUCUGGACUUCUCAGAUGAGUCUACUGUAUUCAACACUCCUCCACAUGCACAAUUUGGAUCCAUAUUACCAAGCAGACAAUGGAAAACUGAUCUGAGACAGCAAAUUCUCCCAUAAUCCAUCUGGAUUUUGGAUUUUCUUAAUUGUUGGGAAAUUUCAUUCAUGUGGGAUCAAGUUUACAACUGGGAAACGUCAUGCGAACAGCACUCCAGGUCGGAUGAUUGUCUUUCUUCAGCACCGUCAUGAAUUCUGACCAGGAUAUCCCAUUGGCUUGUCUAGCCAAAGGAAGACGACAUGCAGACAGACUUAUUUUUUCCCAGAAACUUGUGGCUUACACUGAAAUGGAGUGAGACUUUAGAUUUUUCUUUCUUCCACCUUUGGCUUGUAAAAAAAAAAAAAAAAACAGCAGAUCCAAACAAAGGUCAUUAACCUCACACUGAACCUGGAGCCUCUGACUGGCACAUAAAUGCACCUUUACUGUUUUGCAGCAGGAGGACGUCCGGUUUCAGCCUUCUGAGGUGCGGACAGAGCGUGAGCGAGGCGGUUGGCUGGCUAAGUCAGCUCCAAUGGGGGCCGGUUGUGACCCGGUCUGACCCUGGUUUGACCUUGCAGUGACCUUUGACCUCUCCGGUCCUGGCUCUCCACCUGCUCUGCUGCCUGGGUUCGGGAACGCUCCGCCCUGGGGCGCAGAACGAGCCAAUCAGAAUGAAGAAGAGCCGCAGCGUGCUGUCGGUGACUGGAGAAGAGGGCAAUGACACAGACAUAGCAGGUGCUGGGGAGAAGGCGGAGUCAUCUCGCUACAGCCGAUCCUAUACGUCUGGGGCCACGCUGGGGGCUGAGCUACGCAGAGGGAGGAGCAGAAGACUCUCGUCUAGUCUCCAGGUGCCCUGCUGGCUCCGCCCUCGGGAUCGCACCCGUUCACCAGAGGUCCUGAGCAAUGUGUCACGUCCCACAACUCUUCCUCUCCGGAUCCCACCACGCAUCUCCAUUACGCAGGCAGAUACUGACAGUUAUGAAGCAGAAAAUGGCGUUUCACCAGGUCACACCCCUCUGGGCUCGCAGAGUCCAGCCCUCACCCUGCACACCUCCUUCCCCCAGGGCCAGAGAAGAGAGUCCUUCCUCUACCGCUCCGACUCGGACUACGACAUGUCACCCAAGACGGUCUCACGUAACUCCUCCCUCGCCAGCGAAGGGCACACAGGAGAGGACUUCAUUGUCACACCUUUUGCUCAAGUACUGGCCAGUUUGCGAUCAGUACGGAGCAACUUCACCAUCCUUGCCAACGUCUCCACACCAACAGUCAAGAGGUCUCCUCUGGGUGGAGUGUGCGUCAGUCCCAGGGCGACGCUAUCAGACCAGCAGUACCAGCAGCUCGCCCUGGACACGCUGGAGGAACUGGACUGGUGCUUGGACCAGCUGGAGACCAUUCAGACACAUCGCUCUGUCAGCGAAAUGGCUUCCAACAAGUUUAAGAGAAUGCUGAACAGAGAGCUGUCCCACCUGUCAGAGAUGAGUCGCUCUGGUAACCAGGUGUCUGAAUACAUCUCCAGCACCUUCCUGGACAAGCAGAAUGAGGUGGAAAUUCCGUCUCCAACCCUGAAAGACAAACCUAUGAGUCACAUCAGCGGAGUGAGGAAACUGUCUCACAGCUCCAGCCUCUCCAGCACAUCAAUGCCUCGCUUCGGUGUCAACACAGACCACGAGGACGAGCUUGCCAAGGAGCUGGAGGAUCUGGACAAGUGGAGCUUUAACAUAUUCAGAGUAGCAGAAUUCUCCAACAACAGACCCCUCAGCUGCAUCAUGUACACCAUCUUCCAGGAGCGCGAGUUGCUGAAGACGUUUCGUAUCCCGGUCGACACCUUUGUCACUUAUGUGAUGACCCUCGAGGACCAUUACCAUGGAAACGUAGCGUACCACAACAGCCUCCAUGCUGCAGAUGUCACCCAGUCCACACACGUCCUCCUCUCCACACCUGCUCUUGAUGCCGUCUUCACCGACCUGGAGAUCCUCGCCGCUCUGUUCGCUGCAGCUAUCCAUGAUGUGGACCACCCUGGAGUUUCCAAUCAGUUCCUCAUCAACACCAACUCAGAGCUGGCGCUCAUGUAUAACGAUGAGUCAGUUUUGGAGAACCAUCAUCUCGCCGUGGGCUUCAAGCUUCUGCACCAGGAAAACUGUGACAUUUUCCAAAACCUCACCAAGAGACAGCGCCAGAGCCUUCGCAAGCUUGUCAUCGACAUGGUGCUGGCCACAGACAUGUCCAAACACAUGACCCUGCUGGCUGAUCUGAAGACCAUGGUGGAGACCAAGAAGGUGACGAGUUCUGGUGUGCUCCUCCUGGACCACUACACAGAACGAAUACAGGUAUUGAGGAACAUGGUGCACUGUGCAGACCUGAGCAACCCCACCAAGACGUUACCGUUGUACAGACAGUGGACGGAGAGGAUCAUGGAGGAGUUUUUCCGACAGGGUGACAAAGAGCGAGAGAGGGGGAUGGAGAUCAGCGCCAUGUGUGACAAACACACUGCGUCUGUGGAGAAGAGCCAGGUGGGUUUCAUCGACUACAUCGUCCACCCGCUGUGGGAGACGUGGGCCGACCUGGUGCACCCAGACGCCCAGGAGCUGCUGGACACGCUGGAGGAGAACAGGGAGUGGUACCUGAACACCAUGCCCCAGUCUCCCUCACCUCCCCCGGACAGGCACCACCAGCAUGACCGCUUCCAGUUCGAAAUCACCCUGGAGGACCUGGAGCACAACAACCACAACCACGUGCACCUGAGGAACAGCGGCGACGGCAGCGAUGCGGACGGAACGCAGGACAACCAGGCGGAGCCGAACGGCGAGGAGCAGAACCACACAGAAACUGAGAAAGAGGAAGACGAGGAGAAUCACAACAGCAAACAGAACGGAGUCCAGGACCAAGAGGAGGAGGAGGAGGUGAGAGAAGAAGAAGAAGAAGAAGAGGAGGUGCAGGAGAACUCAGCACAUGAGGAACAGGAAGAAGAAGAGGGAGGGCAGACCGAUGAAAUAGAAAAAGAAGAGGAAGUUAAUGAUGUAGUGGAAGAUGACCAAAAUCAGGAGGAGGAGGAGGCUGGCGAAGAAGGUGGAGAAAAUGAGGAGGUAAAGGAAGAUGAAGGUGAGGAAAACAUAAAGAAAGAAGAGACAGAAGGGGAAACAGACGGAGAGAAAGAAGAGACAGAAGGGGAAAUAGACGGAGAAAAAGAAGGUGAGGGGGAAGAGGAAACUGAAAAUGAGGAGGCUGAAGUGGAGGAAAACAGGGAAGAGGAGUUGGAGGAGAAUGCAGAGGAGGAGACAGAGGAAAAUAUUGAACCAGAGGAGGGUGAGAAUGAGGCGAAAGAAGAAGAAGAGGCAGAAGUGGAGGAUAAAGCUGAGGAAGAGGAGGGAGAAACUGAAGAAAAUGUAGAAGAUGAAGAAGAGGAAGGAGAAUUGGAAGAAGCAGAAGAGGAGGAGGAGGCGCCAGCUGAGGAAGAAGAGGAAGAGGAAAGUUAGUUGGGUGUAAAAUCACAAAUAAACCGAGUCAGUGAGGAAAAUUUAAGAAGAGACAAAGACGUGCAUAAGGAAAUGCAGAGAGGCUUCGACAGUCAGCAGUAUGACGGACGAGGAUAAAGAGAUGAAGACGACGUGCUCUGUGACCUGCUCAGAUACAGACGUCCUAAACGAACUUCACAGCUCACAGACCGACAGUAGAGCAGCGGACACAAAAACAAAAACCUUCCCGGGAACAAACAGGUUGUUAUAGUGUCUUGAUCAACUGGUAGUGAUAGAAAGACUAGAGUCUUCAUCGCCAAGUAUCUGUACAUCCAUCACUGCCGUCGGGGAUAAACUGGGGCCGAUGAUUAAAAAGGAGGGGGGGGGGGGGGCUGUUUUAUCGACCUUUUGUAGCUCCUGAAAUCUGAGAAAAAAACCCUGAAUACAUGCAAAUAAUUGCGUGCCUGUUUCUCGGUCUCAUGGAUUAUUACCCAUCGUCAAUGUAACACACACACACACACACACAGUGACUCAUUAGACUCAAGAAACACUGUUUAAAGAAUGUCGACUUCCUCUGUUUGUCAGAAAAGAGAAAAAAAAAAUGCAAAAAAAAAAAAGUCUGGAAAGUGUAGUCUGUCGUCUUAUAUUUACUACAAAAACUUUCCACUCGUAAGCAGGAUGCUGAGAACACACCGCCGGGCUCUGGUCUAGGAACAGUUCAAUGUCCUCACAUACUAACCUUAAAGCAACAAUGCUGGAUUUCUGAAACCACUUCUGAACAAUAGCUGGACCGUUUUUCUCAAAGUGGAAACAUUCACAGUCCAGCUCAAAAGGCUGACUUGUUGUACGUGUCGAUGUCGGUCCCUGUUUAAAUAAAUAAAUAAAAAGAAAACACCCAGUAUUCAUCCAGUUACAGCAGCGUCACCUCUUUGAUUCCCGGGUGAAUUGUGCCAAACUGUCCCACGACCAGCACUGAGCAAUUCAGCCGUCCUCCAACCAGGACGGCUACUCGUCCAUGAAGCAAUGAACUGUGGGACCAGGCUAACGGGUGUGUGAAGGUCUUCCACAAGUCCCUUUUUUUUUUGUUUGUUUUUGUAAAAAUGGUAUUUGGCACUUUAUCUAACACCCCUGUUACAUAUAUGUACAUAAUAAACAUGUAUUUUAAUCUGCUGAUGUCAUAAUAAAUAUGAUCAAUGAA